CUCUGUUCUAUUCAGUAUAUGGCAAUCACUUCAUCCACCACUGCAGUGCACCCACCUGUGGGCCUGGGGGGAGGGACUGGGUUGAAAAACUGCUCAAGAACACAGAAGCUUAGGAAGGGUCAUGAAGAACACCACAAGUGGAACUGCAGAGAGGGGGUCACACAGGCAGAAAGCAAGUCAAAAAAGCACUUAGUCAGGACACGUAACUUGAAAUUGACUCCUUUGGAAAUUGCCAUAGAACCAUUAAUGGACAUCAUCAGCUGGAACUGGGAUCUGAUGAGUCCCACAAAAGUCAGCACCUGCUACAGAACAGAUGCCCCGAUCACCAAGGACUUGGUACUGGUUUAGAGAGAAGAGAGCAGCUCCUAGCAGCAUCAACAUCUAUGUGUCGCUUAUUUGCCCUGCGCAAUUCACCUGCCUUUCCUUCUCCCAUCCUUUUUCUGGAUAUGCCGCAGAAGGAUCCGUGCCAGAAACAAGCCUGUGAAAUACAGAAAUGUUUACAAGCCAACAACUACAUGGAAUCUAAGUGUCAGGCUGUCAUCCAAGAACUGCGUAAGUGUUGCGCUCGAUAUCCUAAGGGAAGAUCUCUCGUCUGUUCGGGAUUUGAAAGAGAGGAGGAAGAAAAGCUGACACUGAAGCCGACAACAAAGUGAAGUUCUGCUGAGAAGUUCAAUGCUGCACCAUGUAUCCACCAAGCAAGUUUGUCUCCCUCUUUCUUUGGGCCAGGUAGCAGCAAAUAUCAAAUAAAAAAGUCAACUAUAAAAGUUAAGGAAUAUGUCAUCUAUGCAGAACAGAUAGAAAUAUAUUAAACAUGUAGAAUGUAAUAAAACUGAGCUGCUAAAAUAAACCUGUUAAGUGAAAAA